CGCCGGAACCGGAAGUUCCCGCUAGCUGGUGUUUAGGCAUCGGUUCGCCUUCCCCCGCGAUCGGAGACGGGUGUCGCGGCAUGGAGGCAGGAGGGGCCGAGCCCCCAGAGCCGCCUUCUCCAGGUGAGCGCCCCCGUUCCAGCGCACUGAGGACGAGGCGGUGUUGCACUCAAAUGGGCCCCCCACGCCCCUUGCCUUCCUCUUCUUGCUCCCUGAUUCCCCCACCCCCCGCCUCAGUUCUUCUUUCUCCCCACUUUUCUGUCUUCUCUUCUUCCCUGAGUGGCGGGGGAGAGUCCUAGUCUCUGGAGAGAAGGGAGGAGAAAGUGCGGGAGGGCGGUGAUUUGGAGGAGAACUUCGUCUGGGCAAAGGUGAAUUCGCAGAGGUGCAGAAAGCUUAUUCUCCACAUGAAACGACAGUGUGCACGAGCCUUUGGGCUGCCAUCCUUUUUAUUGUACGAUCCUUAUGAGAGAGAGAGAAGGGUCUUUAUUUGCAUCAUCCACUAGCCAUAGCAAUGAAAUGAAAUGCUUGGGCUGUAAGACACCGUUCACCCCCUUCAGUGAUCUUGCAUGCCCUCCAACAUUUCUCUGAUGAAAACAGGGACAUCCUAUUCCAGGGGUCAGCAAACUUUUUCAGCAGGGGGCCGGUCCACUGUCCCUCAGACCUUUUGGGAGGCCUGACUAUAUUUGCGGGGGGGAAUUGAACGAAUUCCUAUGCCCCCCAAAAACCCGGAGAUGCAUUUUAAAUGAAAGCACACAUUCUACUCAUGUAAAAACACGCUGAUUCCCGGACUGUCCGCAGGCCGGAUUGAGAAUGCAAUUGGGCCAGAUCCGGCCCCCGGGCCUUAGUUUGCCUACCCCUGUGGACCUAUUCCAUCAUAACGACAAUGAUGAUGGUAGUAAUUUUAUUAUUUGUACCUCUGCCCAUCUGACUUGGUUGCCCCAGCCACUCUGGGCGGCUUCCAACAUAUAGAUAAAAAACAAAACAUUAAACGUUAAAAAACUUCUCCAGGGCUGCCUUCAGAUGUCUUCUAAAGGUUGUAUAGUGACCUAUCUCCUUGGCUCGGGGGUCGCGUAACUCCACAUCCUCUAACAUUUCUCCGCUGAAAAUAGGGACAUCAUAAGGAAAAGUGGGGCAUUCUGGGGUCAAAUCAGAAACCAGGACGGCUUCAGUAAAUCCGGGACUGUCCCUGGAAAAUAGGGACACUUGGAGGGUCUGAAUGAUGUGUGGUAGCAGUUUCACUGGUACUAAUUGGAAUUUCUCUGUCUUUCCAGUCGUCGGCUCCCGAGCUGAUGUAGAGAAAGGCAGCCCAGACAGAGGGAUGCUUGAAAGCGGUCUUCCGGACAACAUUGAGGCUGCAAAGCCACUGGACUCUGCAGAAGAGAUGGUGGGAAUCCUAGCACCCGCAGACUGCCUCCCGAAGGACAGCGGUGCUCCCAGUGAGGCUUUACAAAUGGUCCACAGGGGGGAACAGAAGCCAGAUGCUUCAGGUGCUAGUGGCUGUAGGGUGACUAAGAGCUCUCCGCUGCGCCGACCUCUCUGGGGAGAAGAGAUGUCAGGGGUCCCAAACCCACAAAGCUCCCCGUUGAACUGGAAUGGGGCAUCUAAAGCACCAGGAAGUCGUCGGGAAGAGCACUCGUGGAACCCUGGUUCCAGCCUUCCUAGUGGGACGCACGAGGCCAUCAGUGCCUUUCUUUCCUCCUGCUGGAGUGAGUUGAAGACUGGGCCCUCAUCUGCAAAUAACCCGAGCAAGCCAUCUCAGCAGGGCAGCGGAGAAUCAGAGGUUAUGGCUACUGAAGACAUGCCCCCUAAUGGCGGGGAGGCCUCUGACACCAAACAGCCCCACUGGGGCGGCGGAAAGCCGGAGUCUGUUGGCUCCAAUUCGUCGCCUGCUGGACCCGCAGAGGACGAUGACCCUGCUGUCCUAGCCAUGUUCCAUGCCGUGGCCAACAGCCGCUUGCCUGUGCGGAGCCAGCAGAAGGACGAGCCGGAUUUCACGCCCGCGCAGAAGCUGGCUAUCUUGCGGGAUUUGUAUCACAGCAAGCCGCUGGUGUUCCUGGAGCGGUUCCGGACGGUCCUGCGAGAGGAACACCUGCCUUGCUUCCGCCACCUCUCUGGCAGCUACGAGGCAGACUUCUACUGUGCCGAAGUGCGCAGGGCCGGCCUGGGCAAGACGCGCCACACCCGGGUGCGGAACAAGCGCUACGCAGCCCUGCAGCAGCUCAUCCAAGGUACUGGGCCUUCAGAUCCUGGUUCCAUUCUGGAAGGGAUUAGAUUACAGGGGUCAGCAAACUUUUUCAGCAGGGGGCCGGUCCGCUGUCCCUCAGACCUUGUGGGGGGGCCGGACUAUACAGUGGUACCUCAGGUUAAGAACUUAAUUCGUUCUGGAGAUCCGUUCUUAACAUGAAACUGUUCUUAACUGAGGUACCACUUUAGCUAAUGGGGCCUCCCGCUGCCACCGCGCCACCGCUGCGCGAUUUCUGUUCUCAUCCUGAAGCAUCCUGAAGUUCUUAACCCGAGGUACUAUUUCUGGGUUAGCGGAAUCUGUAACCUGAAGCAUCUGUAACCUGAAGCAUACAUAACCCGAGGUACCACUGUAUUUUGAAAAAAAUAUAUAAAUGUAUUCCUAUGCCCCACAAAUAAUCCAGACAUGCAUUUUAAAUAAAAGCACACAUUCUACUCAUGUAAAAACACGCUGAUUCCCGGACCAUCCACGGGCUGGAUUUAGAAGGCGAUUAGGCUGGAUCCAGUCCACGGGUCUUAGUUUGCCUACCCAUGGAUUAGAAUCAUAGCAUUGUGGACGGGAACACAGAGCUCCUCUAGUCCAGCCCACUGCAAUGCAGGAAUCUUUUUGCUCAAACCCACAACCAUGAGAUGAAGAGGCUCAUGCUCUGCUGAACAAGCUCUCCCAGUUGUGCUCAUGCUUAGAGUGUCUCUUGAGUAGCAUGACGUUGGCGGUGGGCAAGAUAGAGCCAGGAUCCCUGGUUUGGCCACUGAUCUGUGGAACCCUUUCAUCCUCUUCUUUCUCUCCCCCCUUUGGUUGCCUGGCUGCCAAAGAGCAGAGCAGGAGGAUGGGCAGCAUCUAUGUUAGCCUAGCGGAGAAACAAGGGAAGUUGAGGCAGGAGCUGUGAGAGGGAGAAGGGAGCGUCUCAGAGGAGCUGCUACUUCCCUGAGGCCCAGAGUUCGGCCUUUGCUCCCGUCCUGCACCCAGCAUCCCAAAAUCCAGGAGAGGCCUUUCGUGGAGCUUGGCACACUUUGCUCUGAGCCAAGUGGAAGACCCCCUUCCCAUACCUUCUUAGGCAGGAGUGGGAAACCCAACUUCCACCAUCCUCAGCCUGCAUGAGGGAAGAUGGGGGAAUUGUGAUCAGUCAUAUUAUUUAUGAAAUAUCUUCAUCUGAAGAUCUCACACAGAAUAAAAAUAACAAAUAAAUAAAAACAUGCAGUAGAAACAAGAAAAAGGGGAACCCAUAACCCCCUCUCCCACAAGCACCUUUUCUUGUUAGAUCAUUUUUAUUAAUUUUUCCAAUAAAAGACAUCCAAUUAACAUAUCAAAUCAUAAUCCAAUAAAGAAACUAAAAUAAAAAAGGUCAAAUGAUCUUCCAAAUUGUAAUUUUAAUUUUUACGACUUCCCGCAGUCUGAACCUUGAAGCAUGUCCAAAUCUCAACUCUGCCUCUCGUCGAUAUUUCUACAUCUUGAUUUUAACUCUCCAAACUUCUUUGUCUCUGGCUCUGCGAUCCUCAGUCAUGUCAGAAAACAUAUAACCUUUCAUCCAUCGAAUACAGCUUUAUUGUGUAAUAUAUUUUUUCAACUGUCUUUUUGCUGGCAUAGCUGCAUCUGGCUCCAUUCCAGUCCGGGCUGUUAUCCACCCACAAGCACAUUUUAAUAGGAAUCGGCCCUCCGGAUAUUCCUAGAACUGUAGAAUUGGAAGGGACCCUGAGGGUCAUCUAGCCCAACCCCCUGCAAUGCAGGAAUCUCAGCUAAAGCAUCCAUGGCAGAUGUUGUUGGACUACAAGUCCCAUCAUCCCUGACCACUAGCCAUGCUGGCUGGGGCCAAUGGUAGUUGGGAUUCCAACAGGACCUGGAGGGCCACAGCCUCUCCCCCCCCUGCUCUAAGGUUUUGCAGGAGUAAAAAAAGUGGAAGGGGGAAAUGGAUGCUUUGGCGGCCAUUAUUUUGCAGGGGGGAUGGGGUGUACGUCACACAAACCUGUUAAGCAAUGGAUCCCUGACCUCUCCCAUGCCCUUACCGCACAUGAUGGGCUGGCGUGUGGGAAGGCCCUGGUGCCCUCUGCCCCAGUUGUCAUUCUCCCCACAGGAGGCUGCAGUAGCCUUGAUCCCCUGAGCUCUGGCCUGCAGUUGUUGUAGUUGUCCUAUACCCUGCCAAUCAGAGUGGGUUGCCCCAUCGACUCUGGGUGGCUUCCAACAAAAAACAGGGAAUUCCACAACAGCUCUUGGCAGAAUUAGACUGAUCCCUGUAUUGUAUAAAUAUAGGUUCGUAGGGAGGUAAAAAGAAAUUAUAUAAGAAAUAUGUAAUUGUGCGGUAUAAAGUACAGUGGUACCUCGGGUUACAGACGCUUCAGGUUACAGACGCUUCAGGUUACAGACACCGCUAACCCAGAAAUAGUACCUCGGGUUAAGAACUUUGCUUCAGGAUGAGAACAGAAAUCGCGCGGCGGCGGCGGGAGGCCCCAUUAGCUAAAGUGGUGCUUCAGGUUAAGAACAGUUUCAGGUUAAGAAUGGACCACCAGAACGAAUUAAGUUCUUAACCCAAGGUACCACUGUAAUGGAUAGAUUAAGUACAGUGAGAUUAAUUGGAAGUCAGUAUUAAAUUUCUUCUAUAUAAGUUUUAUAAUUGUGUUCAGUACCAGGAGUAUAUAAGAUGAUAAUUAUACAGUGGUACCUCUGGUUAUGUACUUAAUUCGUUCCGGAGGUCUGUUCUUAACCUGAAACUGUUCUUAACCUGAGGUACCACUUUAGCUAAUGGGGCCUCCCGCCACGUGAUUUCUGUUCUCAUCCUGAAGCAAAGUUCUUAACCCAAGGUACUAUUUCUGGGUUAGCGGAGCCUUUUAACCCGAAGCGUAUGUAACCCGAGGUACCACUGUAUUAAUCUUCUUGUAUCUUAUAGUAUGGUGGUUUGUUUGAUUCUUCUGUUAUUUGUUUGUUUGUUUGUUUGUUUGAUUGAUUGAUUGUAUGUAUGUUUGUUUACUUGUAUGUACGUCUGUUCUUUCAUAAAUGUAAUUACAGUGGUACCUCUGGUUACGUACUUAAUUCGUUCUGGUGGUCUGUUCUUAACCUGAAGCACCACUUUAGCUAAUGGGGCCUCCCACUACCACUGCGCCGCCGGAGCAUGAUUUCUGUUCUCAUCCUGAAGCAAAGUUCUUAACCCGAGGUACUAUUUCUGGGUUAGCGGAGUCUGUAACCUGAAGCGUAUGUAACCCGAGGCACCACUGUAUUUUAAAUUAAUAAAGCUAUAUUAUAUAAAAAAAGGAAAUUCCACAACACCAAGUAUGGAAAGCUUCUUGAAACAAGCCCCAUGUCUGCUUCUCUCUUGUUGCCCGCAGGUGGGGAGUACUUCAGUGACGAGCAAAUGCGCUGCCGGGAGCCCCUUCUUUACGAGCAGUACAUCGGGCAGUACCUGAGCGAUGAGGAGAUGCAGGCGCUGGGCAGCGGCAAGCUGGAGGCCUCCUGCUCUCUCUCGGGCGUCCUCCUGGACUCCUACCAGGAGCAGGUCAUCCAGCGGCGGCUGCAGGUCCAGCAGGAACAGGAGGAGGCCUGCGAAGAGGAGGAAGAGGAAGACAGCGAUGAUGAAGGUUGGUCAAGAAGAGGGGUGGGAUCUAGCGGAGGGCGGGGAGACCUUCCCAGCCUGGGGGAAUACAGUGGUGCCCCGCAAGACGAAUGCCUUGCAAGACGGAAAACGCACUAGACGAAAGGGUUUUCCGUUUUUGAGUUGCUUCGCAGGACGAAUUUCCCUAUGGGCUUGCUUCGCAAGACGAAAAUGUCUUGCGAGUCUUGAGAUUUUUUUUUUGCUUUCCCCCCCCUUUAUCUAAGCCGCUAAGCCUUUAAUAGCCUUUUAACAGCUAAUCCGCUAAGCCGAUAAGCCUUUAAUAGCCGCUAAACCGCUAAUAGCGCUAAUCCGUUAAGCCGCUAAUAGGGUUGCUUCGCAAGACGAAAAAACCGCUAGACGAAGACACUCACGGAACGGAUUAAUUUCGUCUUGCGAGGCACCACUGUAGUUAAGACUAUGAAACUCAUGGCUCCAGGAGGUAGUGAUGGCCUCCAAACUGGAUGUCUUUAAAAGAUGACUGGACACAUUCUUAUUUUUCCCUUUUUUUUUUUACAAAUUUAUUUAUUAGAUUUUCCAAAUUAAAAUUUACAUUCACAUAACAACAUACUAUGGGACAUGGGCGGCGCUGUGGGUUAAACCACAGAGCCUAGGACUUGCCGAUCAGAUGGUCGGCGGUUUGAAUCCCUGCGACGGGGUGAGCUCCUGUUGCUCGGUCCCUGCUCCUGCCAACUUAGCAGUUCGAAAGCACCUCAAAGUGCAAGUAGAUAAAUAGGUACUGCUCCGGCAGGAAGGUAAAUGGCUUUUCCCUGCGCUGCUCUGGUUUGCCAGAAGCAGCUUAGUCAUGCUAGUCACAUGACCCGGAAGCUGUACGCCGGCUCCCUCGGCCAAUAAAGCAAGAUGAGCGCCGCAACCCUAGAGUCGGCUAAGACUGGAUCUAAUGGUUAAGGGUUCCUUUACCUUUAGCUAACAACAUACUAUAUAGAAACAAGAUUCCUGAGAGUCUCCUGGACUUCCCUCCUCCCCUUUGUGGGUCUUUUUGUUAGUCCUUUCCUUCUUCAUCUUUUAUAAUGAUCCAAAUUUUUGUAGCUCCAUUAUGUCCAUAGCUACACUGCAAGUGUUAUUGCAAUCCCACUAACGAUUUUAACAAUUUACAGUUGUUUUUAAGAUAAAUUGUAGAUAUCCCCCAUUCCCUAUUAAAGUUUUGGUCCUUCUGAUUUCUGAUUCUUCCGGUCAUUUUUGCCAUUUUGGCAUAGUUCAUCAACUUGAUCUGCCGUUCUUCUCUGGCAGGGACAGUAUCUUCUUUCAACCUCUAGGCUAGUAAUAAUAAUAAUAAUAAAUUUUAUUCCCCCCCCCGGCCAGAGCCAGUAAAAUUACAGUAAAAACAUAAUGGGGGGGGGGAAACCAAUUUAAAAUACAGGUUAAAAUGCAGUUUAAAAUACAGCCUCAUUUUAAAAGUAGCCCAUAGAUCAAAACCAUAAGGGGAGGGAAACAUAAGGGUCAGACUGAGUCCAAACCAAAGGCCAGGCAGAACAGCUUUGUCUUGCAGGCCCUGCAGAAAGAUGUUAAGUCCCGCAGGGCCCUAGUCUCUUGUGACAGAGCAUUCCACCAAGUCGGGGCCAAUACUGAAAAGGCCCUGGCCCUAGUUGAGACCAAUCUUGCGACUUGGGACCUCCAAAAUGUUGUCAUUUGUGGACCUUAAGAUCCUCCGCGGGGCAUACCAGGAGAGGCGGUCCCGUAAGUAUGAGGGUCCUAGGCCAUAUAGGGCUUUAAAGGUCAAAACCAGCACCUUAAACCUGACCCUGUACUCCACCGGGAGCCAGUGGAGCUGGUAUAGCACCGGGUGAAUGUGGUCCCGCGGCAAAGACCCCGUAAGGAGCCUCGCUGUGGCAUUCUGCACCCGCUGGAGUUUCUGGGUCAGCUUCAAGGGAGCCCCACGUAGAGUGAGUUACAAUAAUCAAGCCUGGAGGUGACCAUCGCAUGGAUCACUGUAGCAUCCUCGCAGCCGUAGUUGCAUACAUAAAUUGUCUUUUCUGCUCCCUUGGGAUUUCGGCUGGACAAAUUCAUGGAGGAGGGAGGCUAUCGAUGGCAACUGGCCCUGAUGGCUAUGCCCUGGCCUCACAGUCAAAAGGCAGCAAUGCUUCUGAACAUUGCUGGAAAUCACAGGGCGGGGGGGAGAGAUGUCGGGUCCUUCUUGCGGGUUUCCCACAGCCAUCUGUCGUGAGACCGGGAUGCUGGACUAGAUUGGACAGUGGCCUGAUCCAGCAAAGCUAUUCUUAUGUUUGUAUGGGGGCAGCAUGCCAGGGGUGGGUGCCCGAGGCUAACGGGUGCCAGGGGUGGGAGCCACUCACCUUUAAUAAUAAUAAUAAUAAUAAUAAUAAUAAUAAUAAUAAUAAUUUAUUAUUUAUACCCUGCCCAUCUGGCUGGGUUUCCCCAGCCACUCUGGGCGGCUUCCAACAGAAUAUUAAAAUACAAUAACCUAUUAAAGAUUAAAAGCUUCCCUAAACAGGGCUGCCUUCAGAUGUCUUCUAAAGGUCUGGUAGUUGUUUUUCUAUUUGACAUCUGUUGGGAGGACAUUCCACAGGGCGGGUGCCACUACUGAGAAGGCCCCCUGCCUGGUUCCCUGGUUUCCUUUCUCCAAGGAAAGUCACAGGUUUCUGUAUGCGCUCGCCCUGCCCCUUGCGAACAUCUCUCCUUCCUCCCUUCGGGCAAGGAAGAGGCAUCAGCGCUGUCCAGGGACCCUUGCCAGCCUGAAAAGGCAUCUGAGGAAGGCCACUGAGGAGCAUAGAUAGGGAUUGUGGCCUUGGGAGGCGUCUCAGGGGCCCUAGAGCAGGAGAGGCCUGGAGGUCUCAUCCAGUGAUUUGAGCAGCAGAGCAUGAAAUCCAGGUCUUUGAGAGGAAGAGCAAAAGCGCCAUUGAUAUGAGCAUGAGGACUGGAGGACCGGUCUCUUGGGCUCAUUUGGGUUCCUGAGAGAUGGAGGUAGAAGACCUGGGACUGUGGCAUCCUCUGGGCUGGGAAUGUUGCUGUUUUUUUAAGGGUGCGGAGAGGAAGGGUAGCUUAUCUCCAGCUCCAGAAGGCUCACUGAUCCUGCUCUCCCCUCUCUAGACAAGGCCUCUGACCUAGAAAUGGAGGAUUGGGUCCCUGAACAGGAGGAGAAGGCCUACCUGCGGGAAGAGUUCACCAGCCGCAUGUACCAGCGCUUCCUCGACGGCAAGGAUAGGGACUUCAACUACAGGUGAGGAAUCAGGGCGGGACAUCAGUGGAUAGGUCCUUUCACUCUUUGCUGUGGGCGUUUCUCUGUAUCACUUUGGUGACAAGCCGUCAUUAGAUUAUCCUCCACCAGGGCCAGGGCCUUCUCAGUGAUGGCUCCGACCUGGUGGAAUGCUCUGUCCCAUGAGACCAGGGCCCUGCAGGAUUUAACUUCCUUCUGCAGGGCCUGUAAGACGGAGCUAUUCCACCUGGAUUUCAAUUUGAACUUAGCCUGAUCUUUUAUUCCCCUUCCUUCCCUCCCCCUCCCCUUUUUAUGAAGAUUACCCGCUCUGGGAUCCCACAGCUAAUUCUCCCUUGGUCUCCUCGCUGGCCCAAAUAGAACUAAUUUAGCCAGCUAGCCCUGGUGAUCAUCUAAUGUUUAUUGGAUGGAUUUCCCCCCUAAAUUGAUUUUUGAUUUUUGAUUUUUUUCACGUUUUAUACUGUAUUGAAUGCUGGUUUUUUUGUAGCAACAAUUAAGUGUUUUAAAUUUGUUGUUAGCCGCCCUGAGCCCGGUUUUCUGAACCGGGAAGGGCGGGGUAUAAAUAAAAAAAAAUUUUUAUUAUUAGUAUUGUUACACUGGUUCAGUGAUUUCUGCCUGCGAAGCGGUUUAUAAAUGGACAAAUAAAGAAACGAGACCAUUCCUGGCCCAGCCAGCAUCUCAUGUCUCGCAUUGCACAGAACUCAGAGGUGGAGAGGGCCCCUCACUUCCACGCUGGAUGAGACAGAGAGACCCAGGUCCCUCUUCCGUUACCCUGAACAACAUUCCUGCCCCACCCCAGUCCUGUGCCCUCCAAUUGUUGCUGGACUCAAGCUCCCCAUUCGGCACAACCAAGAUGGCCACAGGUCAGGUGCGAUGGGAGUCGUCGUCCAAAACAUCUGAUGGGCUCCAGAGCACGGAAGGGCGAUCUAGAACAUGCAGAGAGUGUGGGGCAAGGGAGAGGGGCAUUCUCUUCUUGCUAGGUUUGGAGCAGGAGCAGCCAAUGUUGCGAGACUCCAAAUCCCAUCAAGCCCCUGUGGUCAGGGAUGAUGGGAUCUGUAGUCCAACAAUGGGUGGAGAGCACAGAUUGGCCACCCCUGCUUUGGAAGCUCCCACCGCUCUGGGCUUUGGAGACUCUGAGGAGCAGUGGAGAUCUUGCAUUGCUUCCCCUCUGCCUUACACUCUCUGGACAUGCCAGGGGGCUUGUGGGGGCAUGCUGAGCAGCAGCCACAGAUUGUGGCUGGCUCUGUGGGUCAGCCAAAACUUGCGGACCCCUCUCCCUCCCACAGAGCAAGCUGGUUCCUCGGUGCCAGCUCCGCAGACCUGAAGCCGCUUCCGGGUUUGUGAGUGUAAACCCGUACCUUUCCUCCCUCCAGCGAGGUUGACGAGAACCCCGACUUUGACAACCUGGACAUCGUGUCGCGGGAUGAGGAGGAGCGCUACUUUGAUGGGGAGGAGCCGGAAGACGCAGACGCUAUGGAAGCAGAGUAGAUGGGGCUGAGAUCCUGACCCCCCAAGGUGCCAGGAUGCAGCAGCAAGAAGGAUGUGUUGGCUAUUUCCUUCCCACCUUGUGCAACCUCUCUCCUGCUGGACUGGGCGGCUCCGCCGAUAGGGAUCAGAAUGGCACUGGAGUGUAGGGUGAGUUGUCUUGGAGGUCUAUGGCAAUGGACGGUCUGUGAUGCCUGCAGCAUCUUCUGCACCCCACCACUCCUGAGCUCCCCACUUCCCAGUUGCUAAAGAGGGGUAAGGAAGGGAAUGUCGCUCUCUGGGACUGGUCAUCGGCCGUCUGGAUCAGAAGCACCUGGGCAGAUCUUGGCUUCCCUUCUGUGGCGCCGCCUUCGCUUUUGGACAUUCCUGUUGUAGAGAUGUGUCUCUGUCUCUUUCCUGUAAGAAAUGGGUCUUCUGUGUUAGAGAUGGGGCUGGCCUGAAGCCCAAACCCUCCCGUGCGAGGGACAUUGCUGGCUGGCAAGUUGGCUUUUUGCAGUAUCUAUGUCCGAUUGAUCAUUAUUUUUUGCAGCGUUGGACAGCUGAAAAUAAACAACCUUUUAAGUAA